AUGAAAAAUAAUAAAAUAGAAAAUUAUGGUUCAUUUUCAAAACACAGCAAUGAAGGUGAUGAAAUGAAUUAUAAUACACAUAAUAAUAAAAAGGAAAUCAUAAAGAAUUAUCUAAACAUUGCUGAAGAAGAUAUGAAAGAAGAAAUAAAAAAAUUUUCAGAUAAUAAAUUAAAAAGUAAUCUUUCUUAUAAUCAAUUUGAAGAAAGUAGUUUCAUAGACAGUGAAGAAAAUAUUAUGUUAACAGAUAGAGAAAUAAAAAAUUCAGAUGAUGAAAAGCAUUUAUUAAAUAAAAAAAAUAUUAAUAGUUCCUUUUCAAAUAGUGACACUGAUAUUAUUAGUGAUACUAAUAAUAAUUCGAAUUAUGCUUCAUUAAAAGAGCAGCUUAAUUCUAUUGAAUACAAAAAAAAACAUAAUCAAGAGAAAGAAGUACUUGAAGAGGGAGAAAUAGAACAUAACGAAGAAGUUAUAAGUGAACAACUAGAUGAAGAAGAAGUUAUAAAAAUAGAUACCCUCUUAGCAUCGAAUAAAUCAAGUGAAUUAAUUUCCAUUAAUGUAGAAGAAAAAAAAUGUUAUGAAGAUCAAUUAGGAACAAAUAAAGAAAAAAAUAAAAUUUUUGAGAUGGAGAUCGAAGAUAUAAACGAAUGGAAAACUAAAUAUAUACAUUUAACAUCAUCGUUUCGUAAAUUAGACAAAGAAAUUAGUAAAAUUGUAAAUAAUGAACAUAUUAAUCUGUUAACUAGGAGAAGUAUUAAACAACACAAAGAUUUUUUAGAUAACGAAUAUAAAGAAUGGUUAUUUAUAUCACAAAAAACAAUAUCUGAAUUUAAAAAAAACAUAAGUGCACAAGUAUCUGAAUUAAAUGAAAAAGAAUAUUUAAUACUAUCAAAAAAUAUUUAUGAUGAUUUUAAGGAAAAAAAUAUAGAAGAGAUUAAUAUAAAUUUUAUAUUAUACUUAUUUAUUAUAAAACACGAAAUAACAAUUGAUGAUGGUCUAAUGAAAUAUUUAGAGGAUUGUUAUUUAUCUACUAAUAUAGAUAAAGCUUUGCAUAAUACAAUACAGAAAUUAAUUGAAACGAAAAAUAAUAUUAAGAAUAUAGGAGGAAAAACAGGAAAAUGGAAUGGUGAUGAGAAUAAUUAUUUUAUAAAAGUAUAUGAAAGUAAUAGAAAUGUUGGAGAUGAAGUAAUUAUUAAAAUUUUAAAAAAUGGUAUAAAUAGAAGUGAGGAAGAAAUAAGUGAGCAUAUUUCGUGGUACCAUAAAUUUGUGAAAUAUAAUAAUUUAAAGAAUAAAUAUAUUAAUAAUAUUAGCAUCAUUAAUUUAAAUGACAAAAAGAAAAAUAAUUUUAAAGAUGCGGAAAAAAAAUCUAUGAUAAAGAAAUGGAAAGAAAAGAAAAAACAAGAGUCAGAGAUAAAGAAAGAGCAAGAACAAAUAAAAAAAGAAGAAAUGAAAAUGAUACAAGAACACUUAAACUCAAAAAAGGAGGAAAUGAAAAAAAAUAAAUUAGAAAAACCCCAAAAGAGUAUCCUUUCGGAAGAAAUGUUGCAAAGAAUAAAUGAGAGGAAUGAAAGAAUUUUAAAAAAAAAAGUUCAAACAAAUUUAAAUGUUAAUGAAGAAAAUGAUGAAAAGGAUAAAAAAGUAAAGCAAAAAUAUAUGCACAUUCAAAGUAAAUUAUUAAGCAACACUGGUAAUAUUUUACUCAUUAAAAAAAUUUAA